CUCCAGGACCGCGUUGGAUGCCUGGUUGUUACAGAGAUGAGUGGUGACAACGUGAAGUUGUUCGUGGGGAAUCUUCCUUUGGAUGCGACGCACGACGAGAUCACGAAGCUGUUUUCUCCAUAUGGAGAGAUCAACACCUGCUCCCUGCUCAGACAGUAUGCCUUCGUUACCCUGAAAGGAGAGGGGGCUGCAGACAGGGCCAUUCGGCAUCUGGAUGGCAAAGAGUACCGAGGCAGACCCCUGGUGGUGGAGGAGUCGCGCGCACGCCCCCCUAACUCCACCAAGGUGUUUGUCGGGAACCUGAGCGCUACGUGCUCGGCAGAUGACUUGCACGGGUUGUUCUCAACCUUCGGGAGAGUUUUAGACUGUGAUAAAGUGAAGGCCAGGUUAUGUUCCAAUGUCGGCUAUGCGUUUGUGCAUAUGGAGAGAAAGGAGGAAGCCAUGGCAGCAAUCGACGCGCUCAACGGGACCAUGUAUAAAGGCCGCCAGCUGGCUGUGGAACUGUCCAAAGCUCAGCCGUUGAUCAACCAGCUCGUAUCUUCAGGAAACGCAGGUGGCAGAGAGGGUCUUCUGCCUCGGCCUCCCCCGUCACUAGAGCAUCACCAGAGUCAGGCGGCUGUGCUCGCGGCCGCCGCCGCCGCAGCUGCUGGACUGCCCAUACAAGUUCAACAAAGUGUCCAUAACUCCUUCUACAACACCACGUCCUUCGACCCCACCUACGCGGCCCUAAAGGGCAUCACAAGUGCUAAAGGUGCAGACGGUGUCAUAUAUGGAGCUCUCGCCAGUCAAGUGUAUGGCACCGUGGCUGACCAGGUAUACCAAGAAAUCGCCAAUCACAAUCCAGGGCCUGCAGCCCCGGCUGAGGAGGUCGACCCACAGACCACCCCAGAUCCAACGACGCUUUUUGAAGCAGCGAGAGCCAAAUUCUUUCAAGAGGGCCAGAAGGUCCUGGCUGAGCAGCAGGCGGGAAGAAAGGCAGCAACCACAGAAACCGAGCGGGACCGCAGCCCGAUCCGAGGAAAUCGAGCCCCUCUCCUCCCCGACCCCGUUCCGGGUUCCUUCGCUCAGAUCCGGCCCAAACGGCGAGCCCUCCUGCCAACGCCGCCGGGAGUGUCCGAAGAGUCCUCGCCAUCAGCCACCACCACCACCACCACCACGACUGAAGGCUCAGAUCCUGUUACAAGGUCCUACGCAGAGUACUAUCAACAAAUGCAUCAAUACCAACAGUAUCAACAGUACCAGCAGCAGUACCAAUACCUCCAGUACGCCUACACCAAUCCCCCGCCGCCCCCGCCACCCCCGCCAGCCACCACACAGACGGAUUCCUCCAGCACGAACCCUGCACCCCCGGGGACGUACUCCGCACCCCCUACGUACGCGUCGGGCGCCUACCCGCCCCCGGGGACGUACGACGCCUCGGCCAGCUACGACGCCUCCACCGGGAGCUACAGCGCUUCGGCCGGGAGCUAUGACGCCUCGACGGGAAGCUACGACGCCUCUGCCGGCUAUGACACGUCCGCAGGCUACGGCGCGUCAGGAGCAUAUGAUUCAUCCGGAGCUUACGCAGCAGCGGGAAGCUACUCCACAUCCACACCGUAUGAGCAGACACCCGCACACGGGCAAUCCAUGCCCCAGCGCCAUGAUUACCCUUACCACACGCCAGAACCCCCUUACCGAUAGGUCCACCCCAGCACACUCCUUACACACUUGCAGAUGUGUAUGUGUGCGCGUGUGUGUGUCUGUGUAAGUGUGCGUGCAUGUGUAUUUACAUAAGGGACAGUUUCCAAUCUGAGAGGGAGCAAGGAUGUAAUUGAAAAAUUGCUUUAAAUUUGAAGCCCCGCCCCUUUCUCCAUCUCGGCUAACGUCAUCUCCAUCGAGUUCGUCUCCCCGUCGAAUGUUGAGUCGGGGCGCUGAGUCUGAGUUAGCGAGGUUUUUGGACAAGUGGUUACGAAAGGGCCAGACGAGUUGGCCGGACGUCUGUAGUUUGUGUUAGAUGUUAGCGAAGCGCGCCUGGUUUUCUGGUUGAAUACUGAAGCAGCUUGUAAGCUGCCCGAGAGAAAAGUUAGACUUUGAAUUCAGACUUGAAGCUCUUCACACAAACACGGUUUUGUUAGAGACCGAAUCAAGGGCUUUUCUAUACUCCACACAAAGAUGUGUUUUUUUGUUUUUCUGCUGCCCUGGCAGCGUAGGUAAGCCGCAGCAUUACUGAAUACCUGGCAAAUGAAUUGGUCGAAUCAUUGGAUGGAUUGCCAUCUUUGAAAAACAAUAUUUUUUUUUUAUUUUCGUUAAUUCUUGACAGCCAAAAUGGAAAUCAAUUCUUAUUUAGACCAUAUGUCAGUUUAGUGAUCAAUUAUAUGACAGCUGAUGUACGAUUUUUUUUUUUUUUUUUUUGACUGCAGUUUAUGUAGUGAACACUGAAUGCUUCAAAGCAGAAACGGCAGCUUCACAUUACAGCAGUGACGGCAGAAUUUGUCACCGCACUGUCGUAUUCGUCUUCAUUUUUAGCCUGGUGCAUCAAUGAACUUUUAACAGUGUGUUCGAGGUCACAGUCGUCCGUGGCUUUAAAAUGCCUUUCUGUGGAGUAUAGAACAGACCUUGGUUUGAAUUCAGUCGCUGUGGCCGUUUUAUAACGGGCAUCCUGAUAUUUCACUGAUGUGUGUUUGACAGCAAGAGACGCAAAGCUGUGAUGUGAGGCUGGUUUUGAGACCUGGAAGACGGAGACUAGAUUUUACUGACGGUUCAGUGACGAUAUGUUGGUGAACUGACCAUAUCCUGUUACGUUAAUGAUCCAGGCGGCUUUGACUCGGUUUGAAGGCCAACAAUUAACAGAGAGAAUGGUGGAAACUCUUCAUCUGUGGCCGCAGAGAGUCAUCGAUCACGAAAUGAGUCGUUGGAUUUGGAUUUCCCAUUGAGGGCUUGCAUUUGGCCUGAACCGCAACCUGAGACUGCUCGCCGUGUUCAGGGUCAGAGGGUGACUUUGGAGUGGAGCUGCCACUUGGUUAUCAUUACAUUUAUCUGAUUUAUUGACUGAUAUCACAAUGGUGUGAUGAAGCAUACCUGAAGUCUGAACGGGAUGAGGGAAAGAGUUUUUUUUUUUUUUUUUAAAUCUUUAGGUGUCAUUUUGAUAACGGGAAAACUGAGCGUGUGUUUUUAGAGUUCAGACUGAAAUAUGAUUGUUUCCAGUAGCUCAUGAUUCAGCUUGCUUGUUUUCCUGUGUAUCUCUACCUGAAUGCACCAUAAUAGAACAAACAUCUCAGGAGUUUAGUAUCUUUCCACACUUUCUGGUCAGAGGGUUGUUUUUUGUUUUGUUUUUUUUUUACCUCCCAAAAGAAACAUUUUGUCACACACGGUUCCUUUAUUUAGCUUUGUGUUAAAUGUUCAUCUAAAUUGAGGCAAUACUCUAUUGAACCCAGUCUGAAAGAAGACAUGUUUUGGAUGAACAUGAGUUUGAGAGCCAGGAGAAAUCUUAGAAUCUGAAGCGUGGCCGUUUGAGUUCAUAUCCUUUGAUCAUUUUAGCUAUCUUUCCAAUCCGUUCCAAACAUUUUCCAUCAUUUAGCUUUUGAGUCUCGUCAGGUGUUUAUGUAACGCCUUUGUGCUCAUUCGAUGCAGGUUUCGGUUUGUUUUGACCGAGUAUUUCUGUGAAAAACUGUACAAUUUGGUACUUUCUGUAAAUAUCGAAAAUUGAAGUGAUGCCAACCAACAUUUGGGCCGCUGUUUUGACUCUAAAGGUCAGCUGAUUGUAUUUCCUACUAGAAAUUUGGCAGCCCGACGUAUCAAGCUCUUGAAGAAAGGGAGUGUGUGAACCGAACCCGCGGGUAAUCCGAUCGUGUUUGGCGGUGUUGAUCGGCUCCCUGAGCAGCGGCGAAGAACCAGCGCAGCUUCCUCCUGAUCGCCGUGCAGCGGCGCGUGGCUGAUGUGUGCGAUGUGCGCGUCGGGAUCUUGAGCGAGCAGAUCGGAGGUGACAGCCUGGGCGCUUGCAGGUGUUUUGGGGGGGUUUGGAAAGGCCGCUCAUUUUCCCGGGCAGCAGUUAGAAAAGCUGACGACCUUUUGUUUUUGUUUUUUUUUUUGUUCCCCCCCACCCCUUUUCUCUGAUCUCACCACAAGUAUCAUUUUGUUGCAUGGCUGAAUACGUUCUCAAGUACACACUUAACAACUAGACGUACAUUAACUAAGUUCAUUCACUCAUGUAAAUCAGACCACAAGUGCAAAUGAGUCUAAUGCACAGCUAAUACAGUCUGUAUCUUCUGCCACAUGCGAGUGAACCACACACCAGUUACUCAUCCUCUCUUCUUACUCGGCACCUGAACUGAUCUGAUUGUUAGGUUUAAGUGACACACAGCCUCUCCACAUUAUUCCACCUUCUCCAUGUGAACUGUUAGUUGCAUGCCUUGUUGUUGCUGCUGCUCCAGCCACCUUCUUCCUCUUGCUGAUUAUUGCAGCUAGAGUGGGAGGGAGCCAAACUGAGCCCUUGCCCUGGACGUACGCCACACGCAGCUGUAGCGUGGAAUGGGGAAAACAGCAGCGUUAGGCCUGAAACUGCUGUGGACGAUGGGGUGGCCCCCCCGCUAAGGUAAACACUCAGACCACACACUCCUGCCCCUCCCCGAAACACGCCGACACACUCACAAACAACACGCAUCCAGCACAGUCGCCCAUGUCCACACUUCCGCCUCCUUACCUGCCAUCAGGGAUAUUUUUGGAUUUCAGUUUUUUUUUUCUCUUUCAAUAAAAUCCCUCCUUUUUGACUUUUUCUGUCCUCGCGCCCCGAACACACUCUGCUCAUACAUUCCUGUGGCCACUCACACGCACGACCUUUUGAGGACGCCCACCCCACCUUUAGCUCUCUGCGGCAGGGAGUCGCUCGCUAACGCGUCCUGCCAGGCGAUCACACCCACAGCUGGAUUUGGGACUCUGAGGGAGGCUGAGUUGCUUUAGUUUUUGUAAUUGCGCCCCGCGGCCACUUCGGGAUUAAGUGCCUUGCUUAAGAGCACACUGGUAGGCCCUCCAUUGCAGAGUUGAAUAACCCGGCUCAGGAUCGGUUGCUGGUUCAACGCUCGACUCCCCUUCUCUCUCUCCCCCAAAGUAAAACGAUUUUUGAGACCACGUUCAACUUGUAUGAAUGACAAUGAACACAGAUAUUACCAUGUUGUUUUAAAUUACAUUUUGUCCUAUGUUCUUUGAAAUGUUUAAUUAUCAAUAAAUAAAUUCCGAAAGGA